AUGGCGGUGGCAGCAUGGAAUGGUGGGUUCUGCCGCCUUAAGAAAGUGGUUGUGGUGGUGACAUCAUGGAAGAGAAUAAGAGAGGGGUGGAGAAAAGUGGCUGAAAUGCAUCUUCCGAGUCUGGAAUCAAAGGAAGGCACCUGGUUGCAUGUGGACGACAUGGACCUUUUCCAAGUCUGGAGUCUAAAGUUCAGUACUACUAUUCGAUCGCAUGCAGAGGAUUUCGUUUCCACCUACGGAUUAGCAGUGGACGAUUACAUCAUGGUUUACAAAGACGAUGACAACGGAUCUUACGCUGUCCGUGCCAAAAAGUUGUCAAGGGCGCCGCGGGUUAGCGUGAAUGAAUAUUAUGGUAAUUAUUACAGCAUGGAGAUGGAGGCAACGGCGCCUUAUUACGGCCAGGAUCAGCUGCCGGCCGGCGACAUGGGCAUGACAAGCAGCAGCAUGAACUUAGGCUUAUUAAGUCACCAAUUUCCAAGUUCUGACGAAUUUCAUGAUGAUGAGUACGUAAACGUAGUCAACAUUUCACCCUUCGCCAACCACCACUGA